GGCCUUCAUUUUGUUGCAGGAGACCAAGGACAAGCAGGAUUGUUUUCUCAAAAUGUCUACAUUUUGCCGUUUGAAACAUCGUUAUUUCACUGAAAUUUGUGAAUGGAAGCAGAAGUCCCCCCCACAACUUACCAACCCACCAUCCAUAUGAUCAUCAUGAAGUGGUCAGCACUGGUUGUUGUUCUCGUGGCCAUUGUCUUUCAGACGGGCAUUCUACCCAUCAGUAGCUCCGCAAAGGAUUCUGAUCAGCUGUCCGACAAGUUUCCUUGCAGGAUUGUCAAUGCCACUUUCACAGACUGCAGUUACCUGAGACUGAGAAGCAUACCCGAAGGGAUUCCCAUAUCAACGGAGACCCUUCUGCUAUCCCAUAAUAAGCUUCAUCCAAUCAGCAGUAGUUCCUUGGCAGGGCUGGUCAAUCUGCGUUAUCUUGAUAUGUCGUAUAACACCAUCUCAAAGCUCGAGCGUGACUACUUCACAGAUCAGGCACAGCUUCAACACCUGUUUCUCUCCCACAAUCAGAUCAACAAGAUCCCGCCCGACGCCUUCAUGUCUGUCUCCAAGCUGAAGACAUUGGAUUUAUCGGAUCAGAACAAUGGCAUAAAGAAGGCUCUAUCCAUGCCUCAAUACCUCGAACCCCUUAAUAUGACACUCGAAACAUUGCUACUGGAGAAGAUUGGCAUAGAUUCAGCAAAGAUUGGCGGAACUUUGAAAAUUAGGCUGAAGGUGUUCAGCUUGGCUAGAAACAGCAUCACUAAGUUGAACCAAGAUGACUUUAAGGCCUUGUCUGGUGCACGACUUGAAAGACUUGAUCUGUCCCGCAAUGCCAUUCUGUCUAUCGACACAAAAGUUUUCAAUACAAUCCUUGGCAUCGACACUUUGAAUUUCACUCAAGCUCUCAGCCAGAACCCACCGCCUGGCCGUAUAGAAAACAUCAGUACAGCCAUCGGCACCAAAGUGAAGAAGCUGAUUCUUCAAUCCCUCACUCUCCAAUCCAUCACUUCAUCAAUGUUUAGAGGUUUGGAAAACUCAACAUUGGAGGAGCUGGACCUUUCUUACAAUCGCCUGACAACCCUAACCAACGCAAGCUUCGGCUCUUACCUCAGCCACUUGCAAAUUCUACAACUCCACAACAACUUGAUUGCAUCAAUCAGCGAGACUGCGUUGACCGGCUUGACCUCCCUGAAAACCCUUGCCCUCUUCAAUAAUUUACUGACAGAAAUAGACCCAGGGUCUUUUGCCCACAAUGGGCAUCUUGAGGACCUCUACUUGAAUAACAAUUCUAUCAAACGGCUCUCCUCUGAGGGUUCUUUUCGAGGAUUAAUAAGUUUACGAACUCUUAAUCUCUCUAACAAUGGUAUCAUUCAGAUCUUCACUGGUGAAGAGUUUCAAGAUCUCCAUGAGCUUCUCAGUCUGGACAUCAGCAAUAAUUUCCUGAAGUCUGGAAUUAUAACUCUAACUGGAAAUUCCUUCAAACCACUUUCAAAACUGAAGUACUUACGUUUGAAAAAGAUACACCUUCUUGACAUCAGUUCCCCAUCCCCAUUUGCUCAUCUUGUGCAACUUCAUCUGUUAGACUUGAGCAACAAUAAUAUGCAUGGUCUUGAAUCUGAUACAUUUGUCACCCUCAAAUCCUUAGAGACGCUGUACCUUGAUCAUAACCAUCUCAAUAACCUGUGGUACCAGCCUAAAUUGAAGAAACCUGUUCUGUUUCUUCGGAGCCUUGUGUCUCUCAGAACACUAGAUCUUUCCUUCAAUGGAUUUGAGGCAGUUCCAACGGGAGUUUUCAAUGAUCUGGUUCACCUAAAGGCCUUACAUUUGAACAACAAUCAACUGUCCGCCGUUUCUGGUCAUGUGUUUGAUAAUCUGAAAGAGCUGCAAUUUCUUGCUCUGAAUAAGAAUCUCAUCAAUGUGGUGAAUCAAACCUUGCUGUCGCCGGUCAUGAAGACUCUUAAUACUCUCUUCAUUUGUGGAAAUCCCUUUUCCUGUGGGUGCAAGCAAGAGUGGUUUCGUGACUGGAUCGACGACACCAAUAUCUUUCUGGGUAAUUUAAGCUUGUGUCAGUGCGAAUCGCCGCCAGAGUGGCGCCACAAGCCCCUUCUGGAUUUCAACCCCGAAGUUUUGAACUGUGAUGGAAAGAUUCCGCUGCAGUAUUGGAUCAUAAUUGGUGUUGGAAACUUUGUGAUCCUCGUUUUAAUCAUUGCUUUGAUAUAUAAUCGCUGGAAGAUUUACUAUGUCUACUUGUUGGUGAAGGCGCGCCAUCAUCGGGCAAGAAAAGACGAGUAUGACAGAUUGAAUGAUUACAGGUUCGAUGCCUUCAUAUCUCACAGCAGCGCUGACGAGGAUUGGGUCAAAGAUAAACUGUUACCUGAGCUAGAGAAUGGAGAGAAUCCAUUCAAAGUCUGCCAUCACGAGCGUGAUUUUGAACCUGGGCAAGAGAUCAUUGACAACAUCAUUGAUUCCGUCGACCACAGCAGACGCACCAUCUGUGUCAUAUCGAAGAGCUACCUGGAGAGCAACUGGUGCACCUACGAGAGACGGGUCACCAUGAGUAAAUUAUUCAUCAACUACAAAGAUGUCCUGGUUCUGAUCAUCUUGGAAGAUAUUCCAGAUAAGAAGAUGUCCAAGUAUGAUCUCAUCCACCGGGCAGUCAAGAAGAACACGUACCUGAAGUGGCCGGGAGAGGAUGGAAGAGCUGAUGAGAAGGCUGUUUUCUGGCAACGCCUGAAGACAGUCUUGGGUGAAGAUCGUACACCGGAAAAUAAUGAGGAGCUUGCUUAAAGGCACUUGCUUAAAGGCACUGGACACUAUUGGUAGUUACUCAAAAUAAU